AUGUUGAUUAUUAUGGUGCAGUUUAAAGACGUGGUGUACACGAUCAAAAUCAAGGGGAAGAGCAUCGACAGCAGUGGCUCGAUGAAAGAGAAUAAGAAGAAGGAUGCCGACACCGAGAGUACGAUCCUGAAGGGGGUGUCAGGGGUGGUGCUCCCCGGCGAGAUACUAGCGAUGCUCGGCGCCUCGGGCAGCGGGAAGACCACUCUGCUCACAACCUUAGGUGGUUGUUUAGGCGGCAGCGGCGGUCGGCAGCUCAGCGGCGCCAUUACCUACAACAGUCGGCCCUUCUCCAGCUCGCUCAAUCGCAACAUGGGCUUCAUGACGCAGGACGACGUGCUCUACCCCUACCUCACCAUGGUAGAGACCUUCAUCUACACCGCCCUUCUCCACCUCCCUAGUACCCUCACAUGGCAGAAGAAGGUCUCACAGGCGGAGGCCGUCGUGGCAGAGCUAGGCCUGGCGUCGUGCCGCAACAGCAUCAUCGACAGCCCGUUGGUGCGCGGCGUGUUUGGCGGCGAGCACAAGCGGGUGAGUAUCGGCCAGGAGAUGCUAAUCAACCCGAGCCUGUUGUUCCUGGAUGAGCCCACGUCCUGCCUCGACUCCAUCGCAUGGAGGAUCGUUUCCAUGCUGCUCAACCUGGUGGAGGGUGGCAAGACGGUGGUCAUGACCAUCCACCAGUCCUCUAGCCGCAUCUUCUACUUGUUCCACAAGGUCAUGCUCCUCUCCGAUGGCCACCCUAUCUUCUUUGGUAGGGCCUCCCGUGUCAUGGGCUACUUUGCUAGCAUUGGUUUUGCCCUAUCCGUCCCAAUGAACCCUGCAGACUUCCUUCUCGACCUCGCAAAUGGAGUAUCUCCAGAUCAAACUUUGGAUGAUCAGAUAGGUGCGAAAGAAGCUGUGAUUGGCCUUCUGUUCUUCAUCACAGUGUUCUGGAACUUCUUUCCUAUAUAUCAAGCCAUAUUCACAUUCCCGCAAGAGCGCAUGAUGCUGACGAAAGAGAGGUUGUCGAGGAUGUUCCCGCUAUCCUCAUAUUUCAUGGCUAGAUCAGUGGGUGAUCUGCCGAUGGAGCUUAUCCUGCCGACAAUCUCCAUUACCAUCAUGUACUGGAUGGGAGGGCUGAAGCCUGCGGCAGCCAGCUAUUUCAUGCUCCUCUCCGUCACGCUGCUGAGCGUGCUGGUAUCCCAGGGUCUUGGCCUCGCACUCGGCGCUCUCGUCAUGGAACUCAAGGCAGCUUCCACGCUCGCCUCCGUCCUCAUGCUCUGCUUCAUGCUAGCUGGUGGUUACUACGUCCAGAAGGUGCCGCCCUUCAUCGCCUCGAUCAAAUACGUGUCUGUGAGUUUCUACACCUUCAAGCUCCAGAUCAUGUCGCAGUACUCGUUGGCUGACUCCUACGAGUGCGCUCCCAACCUGACAUGCAGCAUCGCAGAUUUCCCUGCAGUCAAGGCCGUCGGGUUAGACCACGAGGUUCUUGCACUGCUGUCCUUGUUUGUCAUGCUCGCGCUCUGCCGGCUCGUUGCUCACCUGGGCUUAACGAGGGUCGGCGUUAUACGCUGA